AUGGGUAAUUUUUAUCACAAACCUCCAAAGCAAGGUGAUAGUCCUUACACAAGAUCAGGUUUACCACCCCCACAACUUGAGAAAAAAUCGGGAUCAGAUUUACCAAAUCACAAAAUUCAUGACCCAAUGAGUCUGGAGUUACAUAUGGCUGAUGAACGUGUCCGUUCAGCUGGUUUAACACCAGAGGAAAGAGAAUGGAGAAAAAAAUGGGUACUUGAUCAAAAUUUGCACCCAGAUGAGCCAAUAAAUGUAGAAGCAGUUCAUAGACAAUUAAAUCCAGUUCGUGUAAUUUAUCGUUUGCCAUUAGAUACUCUUUAUAAAAGAUGUUUAGUACCAACAAUGGGUGUUUAUAAGGCUUCAGUUGUUCGUGCACUUAUACCUAAAAUUGCUAUGGUACUUAUUGGUCUAGAAAUUACUUAUUAUUAUUGGAAGUAUGAAGCUAGAGAUUGGACACAUCUUCGUGGUAUUGAAUCAUCACCAAUUACAUCAGUGAUUGCAAAGAAAGAUGAAAUUGAAUCUAAAUAUCCAGGCAUUCUAGAAAUGGCUUCAAAUGACCCAGCUAAAUAUAGAUAUUUCUCACCUAGUUUUGAUAAAAGGGAAGCUCUCACCAAUGUUGGACCUCCAAGUCGCCCAUGGUAG